CCUCUUUCGCUUCCGAUGGACUCACACACACGUCCACCUUUCUCCGAGAAAAAUUUUUCCCAAAAUAGUUUCCAUUCCUUCAUAUUUCACAUACAAUCACAUUCCACAGACUCAUCUUUUCGCAUCUCAUCGUUUCAUUCCCAUCUGAUAAACCACAUUGCAUUAUUGUCAUUAUUCCUGCAAACGCCCUGGGCUGGCAAUAAUUUGUAAUCAGCAAAAUCGUUUUCAUACUUAAUACCUGAAUUGGAUCGGUUUGGUUCAUGUGCUGGCCUUGGGUUAGCAAUAAUAUAAAGCCGGCUCCCACACGACUUGGUACCUGGAUAUUUUGCCUGCGUUAGUUGCAUGCAGUGUUGAACUUUAAAACCUGAGACCUACACCAUAAGUUAAAUAGCUACAUACAUUUUUGCUCUUACUGAGCAUGUGGUUAGACACAUACGCAAUGUUAAUCUCUAUUUACCUGUGUGGUCUUUAUUCUCUUAUUUAAUUAUACUCGUGCUAAGUGGCAUGUUCUAGUUAAAGUAUAAGGUAAAUCAUAUUUGUCACGUUUUUUAGAAGUUUAAUAUACUUUAGUAACAAAAAAAUAUUUUGAUACGUACAUGUUUUAUGCAAAUAUGGUAUAACUUGCACCAUUUUUCCUUUAAACCUUUAAGCUCCAUCGUGUGAUGCAUACUAUACAGUAUAUAUAACCUAGUUGUAGCAUACAUUAAUAAAUAUUAGAUAUCUGAAUAUUUUAUCCAUGCCGCUUCAAACUCUUACACAAAUUUUAAAUGAUAAAAAACAUGAAUUCACCAAUACACACAGAAUAACAACUUUUUUUAAAAAUAACUACGAGUAAAUUUUAAUAUUCUCAUCCAUGUCAGGUUUUGUUUAAACAUUACCGAUAGACAAGGACACUACACUAAAGUUUCAUAAUCUAUGAAGCUGGUCGUCGUGUGCUAUGCAUAAAUUAAUCAUCAGGUCUAUUAUUGAAGUUGGGUGGUGAACUCCACUCGACCCAUGCAUAAUUUACUAUUACUAGCUGUCACACUUGGGAUGAGAUUUGCACAAAAAAUCUGAAACACUUGUGUACCAAUCUCCAUCGGCGUCUUGCGAGUGAGACCUCCAGAAAAAAAUCCGCUUCCAAUACUAUUUAUCUAUUGUGAAAUUGUGAUGUAUACAAAACAGACCUUCUGCAUUCUCAUAAGUAACGUACGUACACAAGACAGUGUGUGUUAUGUAAUCAUCUAAUAAUCCACGCACAGCUGAGAAAAGUUGCAUGUAAGAAGAUCAGCUAUUUAUUUUGCAUUGGUGUGAGUGAAUAUGGUGUGUACAAUACAAAUUUGUUAAAGACAAACCUGUGAACUCUAAUUCAUAUUAACUCAAGAACCUGAACUUAAGGCAACGUGAGAACGGAUUUACAUUUCAAGAUGCCCUUGAUCGUGGACACUACGGAUCUUUUGGAAAACUCGAAAGAGUUUGAAGAAGCCAUUAAAAAUCUGAAUGAGGAUGGAAGUCACUUAUGGAAGGUGCGGGGUCCAUCAAAGUUUUUCCGCAGAAAGUUCUCCCUGGAUCUGAAAGACAUGCACAUGAAAUAUGAGCCCACUUCAAAGAGCCCGUGUUACAAGAAGCACAAGCAAAACAUUGAACUGGGAGAAAUUGUGGAAAUUCGACAAGGGUGGAAAACAGACACUUUUAACAAAAUAGAGGCAUCCGAAGCAAAAAAGAGAUCGAAAAAGAAGGAUUACCGGGGCACAGAUGAGAAUAGAUGCUUUUCUAUCAUUUAUGGAACCAGAAGAGAUACGUGGGACCUAAUUGCCCCAACAUCAGAGACUGCAGAAAAAUGGGUUCGUGCACUCAAUCACUUACUUUCUUUGUACCGAUCUCGAGAAGAAAAACAAGGAUAUGAACGCUGGUUAAGGAAACAAUUCACUGCUGCAGACAUGGACAAGAACAAAUGUCUUUCCUUCCCAGAAACAUUGAGACUUCUCAAACAACUGAAUAUUGAGAUGGAUGAGUCUGAUGUGAAGAAAUUAUUCCGCGAGGCUAACGUAAGGAAAUCAAAACCUGGCACCCCAGAAGUCCUGGACGAGGACGAGUUCAUAAAAAUGUAUUUUGCUCUUUUGAAAAGACCUGAUUUUGAGAAUCUUUAUGACAGCAUCGCUGAACCUUCGGGAUCGGUUGGUGCUCGUGAAAUAUGUGAAUUUCUUAAAAGAGAGCAAGGAGACGAUUUUACAUCAUGUACGGAAGAGGACUGUGCGCAAAUGAUUAAAAUUUACGAGCCUGUUGCAGAGAUGAAGAGCAAAGGCGAGAUGAGCGUUUCGGGUUUUCUGAACAUGUUGCUUUCACCACAAUUUGAUAUUUUCAACGCGAGACAUAAGGUUGUCUAUCAAGAGAUGAAACACCCUCUGUCUCACUAUUUUAUCGCCUCUUCCCACAACACAUAUCUUGUUGGAAACCAGUUAAGUGGCACAAGUAGUGUGGAGGGGUAUAUCGACGCUUUAAAAAGGGGCUGCCGAUGCUGUGAAUUGGACUGUUGGGAUGGCGAGAAUGGCGAGCCGAUCGUGUACCAUGGCUUUACGUUAACGAACAAAAUACUAUUCAAGGAGAUUCUAUCAGAUGCAAUUAAACCUUAUGCCUUCGUAGCGUCGAGAUACCCUUUAAUUCUCAGCUUGGAAAAUCACUGCACAGAAGAGUACCAAAUGAAAAUGGCCGAACAUUUGAAGAAUAUUCUGGGUGAUAUGCUCUAUUUGGUUGAUCCAGAUGAAAACAUGGAGUUUCUCCCAUCGCCUGAAGAACUGCAAGGGAAGAUUUUGGUGAAAGCAAAGAAAACAUCUCGAAAAGUAAAGGAACCGGCAUUGCCCAACACCAUGAUCCCGCCUCCGCCUGCAUUAGAUGAUGAUAAGGACGAAGAAAACAAGUCACCAAGUAAGAACAGGGAUAUCGAUUUUCUUCCCAAAGGAGACACUUCUUCCGACACUACUGCUAAUUCCAUUCCUCGAGUAGACGACGGCCUUCUUCCCAAGUCGUCUCAGGGUUGGGCCGGUCCUCCAAAGGCUAGCAUGGAAAGUCUUGGUGAUGAUUCAGAUGAAAGCGAAGCGGACGAAACAAUUGAUUACAUUGAUGGUGUUGGAGUGACCAAAAAGAAAUCCGUGUCCAAUGACCUCUCAUCUUUAGUCAACUUGAUUCAAGCUGUUAAAUUUCAUUCAUUUGAGGAUUGCAGGCAGCAUCGAAAAUGUUACGAAAUGAGUUCAUUUUCAGAAGCCAAAACUAAUAACUUUAUUAUUACUUCUGGGGAAGCCUUAGUGGAAUACAAUAAGCGACAGCUAUCACGAAUCUACCCUGCAGGAUCAAGGACAACUUCUUCAAAUUUCAAUCCAAUUGACUAUUGGAAUGUGGGAUGCCAAAUUGUGGCUCUAAACUAUCAGACUGAAGACAUUCCAAAUUUUUUCAACUAUGCCCUAUUUACGAACAACGGCUCGUGCGGCUAUGUUUUGAAGCCAGCCAUUCUCCGUGAUCCGAAUCUAAAGUUUGACUCUAAAACGAAAUUGCCCAAGGAUCGGGGGCUCACUUUAAAAGUGAGACUUAUCAGCGGCCAGCACAUCCCCAAAGCUCCAGGGAACAGUGAAGUUGUUGACCCCUAUGUGGAAGUGAAGAUCCUGGGCAUCGAGCAAGAUAGGGCACUAAGGAAAACUGAAGUUGUAAACAAUAAUGGUUUCAACCCGGUGUGGAAUGAGACGUUCAAUUUCCGAGUAUACUGCCCGGAACUGGCGAUGCUGUACUUUCGAGUCAAAGACUAUUCGAACAGUGGGACUGAUAUGCACUUGGCGCACUUCGCCUCUCCCCUCGGCUCAAUUACCACGGGUUACCGUCAUGUACAUCUCGUCACCCUGAAGGGCACUCCGAUGAUUCCUUCUACAUUAUUUGUCCACAUAACGGUCCAAAACCAUGCAGCUGAAGGUGCAAUGAAUGGAUCCCCCAUCAAAUAGUUGUCAUCGCGAAUUCGAACUCAUCUGCCAUUCCAUUAAAUAAGAGAGAUCAGGCUGGUUCGCGUGAACUCGUUCUACAACAUGUUGCUGCCCACUUUCUUCACAUUCCCGGUGGAAAUUUAUUCGCGUGUUUGAAAUUAUUCUAAAUUUUAUCGUCAAAGUUGAAAGGGUCUGAAUUAUUCUAGAUAAAUCAUAGACAUCAUAUCAACAUUCACAUUUUGUUGCCAAUGUGUCUGAAAUGCAGGUUUUCCAUACUUAUAAAAAAAUAUGCAAAGAGCUUUAAUAUUAUUAUUUGAAAGAAAUGAAAGAUCAAAUAAGGGGAUGGAAUAAAUAAACUCGAUACAAUUUGUCAAGCA